AUGGAUCGCCAAAAAGCCCAGGCGUACGCGGACUUGGCAGCGCAGAUGAUGGAGCUGCACACGUCGAUCGCACUCCUGGCGCAGAACGUGGAAAAGAUGGCGAAGACGGACGAGGAGGUGACGAAGAUGACGUGUAUCUUCAAUGGCGUGUUCAAGAACGCAGCACAGCAGACGAACUUUCGGGAUCCGUCACCUUCUGCAUAA